AUGGGAACAGUAUUCACUUGUUCACAUGAUAUAUUUCACCUGUGAAGGAGACAGCGGAAGCAGCAAAGUAAGAACAGGAAUUUUCUCAUAGUGCUGCCGCCAUGAAUUCUUCACUUGAUGAGGUGGACAACAUAUCUGUGGACCUGAAGGAGAUUUCACUAAAGAUUCAACAGCUUGAGGACAGAAGGAAAAUCUUGUGUGUAUUCCAGGAGCUGAGGAAUCGGGCUGAAUUUGGACAGACAGAGGAAGCAGCUGCUACGGAAAAAGAGAUCAAUUACAUUGACAGUAGACUGAGAGAGCUGAGGACAAAGAAGGCUGAUCUCCAAAAUAACUGUGACAAUAUCUUAAAUGCAAAAGAUAAUAAACACAACAGUGGUGAGCACGAUAUACAGUGCAGUUCUAACAAGAAUACUAAUGUUGACGUUCCUGAAACUAAAAUUUUCUUUGUUGAACCUCCUCCUGCUUACCCCGCCCCAGAAGUUAUUCUGGAUGUUGGAGAUCUUCCUACAGAAUCUGCCAGGACACAGUGCCCAGAGUGCAAACAGUUUGUCAUAACAGAAACGUUGUCUUCCGUCAGUAGCGUGACCUGGCUUGUUUGUUUUAUGAUGGCUUUGAUAGGCUGUGUGGCCGGUUGCUGCCUCCUUCCUUUCUGCAUGAAAAGAUUCAAGUCCACCACACACAGAUGUCCAAAGUGUCGGUCAAAUAUCAGGAUCAUCAAGAAGCUCUGAGAGGAGAUGCAGGCGGUGAGCAGCUGCAGUUUAAACUGCGAAAGCACUGGACCAAUGGUCACUGGUGAUUUAGAAACUGCUGAGAGGAUCUGCAAAGGAGUCUGGUUGGCAGCAUCAACCUCUAUCAUGCAGGCUAUGCUGAAAAUCCAUGUCUAAAGAUUUAUUUUUAUGAACUCUAAAUAUAAAUCCCAGCUGAAUGGAUUUAAAGAAGCAUAUUUUUAUAGGUUCAGUAGAUGUUUGCUUGUAUAUUUGUUACAUAGUAGAUUUGUAAAAUUUAUAUUUUAGGUAUUAAGAAAUUCCACUUCAAAAAGCUCUUUAGCAGUAGUUGGUGAAGCAUUUUAAAAAUGUUCUUUUCAAUAAUUUCAGCUUGCUGAUAGUAACAUAUUCUCUAACAAAAUGUUUUCCUUUUAUUGUUUUUAUUCAGAAAAAAAUAUAUAGACCAAUUGUGUCUUUGUGAACUGCUGCUAAUGACAAUGUGCCAAAAAUUUUGGUUAGACGUAGCAAUGGUCUAUUUUUUGCGUUUAGGAAAAUUUUACAAGGAUAUCAUUUGACACCAUUUUAAAUGUCCUUGACUUUGAAAGAUAAACAAAUAGUAAUAAGAAAUUAGUUGUAGUAUUACUGUACAAUGCAACAGGGGAGUAUUAACUUUGCUGCACAAUUGACCACAUGUACAGUAGAGCCUUAUUCCAGAUAUUCUUUUAUUGAUGACUUUCCUCAGAACUCUUAUGUAUAACUAUUCAUAGGCUUUCCUAUGAAUACCUUGUUGAAUCACCUUUGUUCGCAAAUUCAGCCAUGAGUCUUUUUCAAGGUGGCACAAGCUUAGCAGAUCUAUUUUCAGGAAGUUUUACUCAUUCUUCUUCAUCAGGAAGGAUGUAGCUGUUCCAUAGAUAUUGAAUUGGAUCUUGGCUCUCUGCUUUGGGUUAUUUUCCUGCUGAAAGUCUGUCGGCACAGUGAUCUAAGAUGUCGCUGUACACUGCUGCAUUAAUUUUUUCCCCUAUCCUGACUAGUUUGCCAGUUUCUGACAGUAAGAAAAAAAAAACUAUAAUGCUGCCAUCACCAUGCUUGACCAUGGGGAUAGCAUUUGUCUGGUGAUGAACAUUGCCUCAAGAGAAUCCUGCCUCUGAGGUUUACAGACUAUUCCUUGGACUUCAUGCUGGCUGUGUGUGUGCUCUGAGACACUUGUGACUUCUGGAGCCUUAUAUAGACAGUCGUGUGGCUUUGCUAUCCGACUAUUACAGGUGGACUCAAUUUAGGCUGUAAAAUAAUCUCAAAGAUAAUACAAAUUUGAGCCUCAUAGUAAAGGCUGUAAAAUAUUUAUAUCAAUAAAUAUUAUUUCUACUUGUA